AUGAAAUUUAUUGUCCUGCUCUUCAUAAGUUAUGUUUUGGCACAAGACUGUGAUGGUGAUGAUUGUGAAAUUGUUAUUGAACAAGAUCAUACAUACUUGACAUAUGGAAGUACUUUUAAACUUCGUCACAUGAUGACAGGAAUUAGGUUACAUUCACUUCUAGUUACUUAUGGAAUGGGUUCAGGUCAACAAGCUGUUACUGGUCUUCAAGACCUUGAUGAUGUUGGUUCGUUGUGGACAAUUAGGUGUGCUAAUAAAAAAUGUAAAUCAGGGUUUGUCUUUUUAUAA